CUCGCGUCCCCAAUUGGCUAUUAUAUAUCGGCGUUCUACCAACGAUAAUGAUGGACGUGUAUAUAUUGGCAGACACGAACGGUUUCUCGCCCUCACUGAUUCAAACGGGAGCAUAUGCAAUAGAUCCCAUUAUGAAUUUGUAGCAUCAAUGACGAAUACCCGCAGCCAUGUGUGGUGGCACAGGAUUCCAGGCCGCCUACACAACAGAGAUGCAACGAAUGAAGUGCUGGUUGAUGCAGAAUCAUUCUCGUGGGCGGUGGUCAACUGCAUAGCUGAGGGGUAGAUGUUGCAAAAUGACACGAUGAUGGAGCUCAAAGCCAAUAUGGCGAAGUUUUCCGUGGAGAUGGCAUGUGCGACCGACUCAAACCAAAAGUUUAUAGAUGGAGCGAUCCUCCCCCCUUUCGCACCAUUCCAUUUCUCAUACUCGACUUCAAGAACAGAAGAAUAAUUACAAUCCAUACAUAUUCUAUAACUAACCUAUACACUUUUACAUUUCUACCUAACACAAUGUCCGCCUCAGAUAUCAUCUUUAACACCGCCAUCGCGGCCGUGAACAACAACGACCACCUCCGCGUCUACACCCAAGACACCAACGGUGGCAUCCGCGAGUCCCUCUACGAGGGCAAAUGGCAAAAUGGCAACGCCGGCAACACCAUCGUGACAGCCAAGCUCGGCAGCCCCAUCGCCGCGACCUCCAAGGAGCUCAAGGAGAUCCGCGUCUACACCCUCUCCACAGACAAUAUACUCACUGAGACAGCCUACUCCGCCGGCCGCGGCUGGUACACCGGCGACCUCGGCGCCAAAAAGUUCGUCGUCGCGCCCUACUCCAAGAUCGCAGCCACCUUCCUUGCAACGGGAUCCUCCCUCCAGCUGCGUGUCUACGCCCAGCUCCCCGACAACACCAUCCAAGAAUACGGCUACGAUAGCGCCUCCACUGGCUGGGUAAAGCAAACCAACCUCGGCAGCGCCGUCGCCGGCUCCUCCAUCGCCACAACAUCCUUCAACAUCUCCAGCCUCAGCAUCCGGUACCCUACCCCCCCAACAACAGUCUCCAAGCUAUACCUGAGCCGCAACUAACACCCCUUAGCACAUACAUCCAAACCCCCUCCCUGUCCCUCGCCGAACACGCCUACGACACCCCCAAAGGGUGGUACACCGGCGCCU